AAAUUAAUUGAAAAAAUCUGCAAAUCCCAAAUCCAACAUUUUCCUACUACCUCCGACUCCGUCUGUCUCUUUGUAGUUUACAGCUUCCAACUCCAAUUAUUUGAAUCAAUCAAAGUUUCCAUCUUUACAUUUUUAUACAAUUUUGCUCUUCUUCAUAUCUCAGUAGAUUUUUCUUUCCAUGUUUCUCUCAUUCCAUCCUGUUAUGAGUUGUCUCAUUCAUGACAUAAGCUUAUUAAUAACAUAAAUAUAAACUCUUUUUUCAGUCUAAACAGUGGUUGUUGCAGAUUUUCAAAAUUUAGUUUUUGUUUCUUUGAUGCAUAGAAACAAACACAUAGUGACUAGUGAAAAAUGGGAAACAAUUGUGUUGGAUCAAUAACCUCUAAAGAUGAAAUUCUUUCCUUUAUUCUUCCAAUUUCAUUGUGGUGGUCACAUCCGAUCAAUGUAAUAGAAAUUUCCAAUUCAUAUUCACCAAACACAAAUGCUUCAGAGACUGUUCAACAAAAUCCACCAAUGGUAGUGAAAAUUGUCAACAAAGAGAUAAAUAAUAAUGAUGAUGAUAAUAAUAAUAAUAAUAAUAAUAGUAAUAAGCCUUCAGAGGAACAACAAACUUGUAUAUCAAAAGAUUCAGAACAACCAGUUAUUAUGGUGUUGAAGGAACAAAAACCAAAACCAAAACCAAAUCCAAAACCAAUGAUGUUGCAAAAUAUUAAGAGGGUAGUAGCAAAAAGUGCUGGUCUUCAAGCAGAAUCAGUUUUGCUGACAAACAGAGGUCAUUUUAAGGAGUACUAUAAAUUGGGAGAUGAACUUGGGAAAGGACAAUAUGGAAUUACUUCACUUUGCUUGGAGAAAUCAACGGGGAAUAACUAUGCAUGCAAGUCCAUUCCAAAGGUGAAAUUGAUAAGAGAUGAUGAUUUGGAGGAUGUAAGGAGGGAGAUUCAGAUAAUGCAUCACUUGGUUGAGAGUCCUAAUGUGAUUUCCAUUAAAGGAGCUUAUGAAGAUGCUGUUGCUGUUCAUGUUGUUAUGGAAUUAUGUGAAGGGGGUGAGUUGUUUGAUAGGAUUGUGGAAAGGGGUCAUUAUACAGAAAGAAAGGCUGCUAAACUUGCAAAGACUAUUGUUAGUGUUGUAGAGGCUUGUCAUUCGCUUGGUGUAAUGCAUCGCGAUCUUAAGCCUGAGAAUUUUCUUUUUGUUGAUGGAAGUGAAGAUUCAACUCUCAAGGCAAUAGAUUUUGGAAUGUCUGUGUUCUUCAAACCAGGAGAAAAGUUUAGGGAUGUGGUAGGAAGUCCUUAUUAUAUUGCACCUGAGGUUCUAAGGCAGUGUUAUGGUCCAGAAGCUGAUGUGUGGAGUGCAGGUGUGAUCAUAUACAUUCUCUUAUGUGGAACACCUCCUUUUUGGGGUGAAUUGGAUCAAGAGAUAUUUGAUGAGAUCUUGUAUGGUGAUCUUGAUUUCUCUUCUGAUCCUUGGCCAAGUAUAUCUGAAAGUGCAAAAGACUUGCUUAGCAAGAUGCUUGUUAGAGAUCCUACAAAACGGAUAACAGCACAUGAAGUUCUUUGUCACCCUUGGAUCCAGGUUGAUGGAGUUGCUUCAGACAAGCCUCUUGAUUCUGCAGUUUUGAGUCAUCUAAAGCAUUUUUCUGCUAUGAACAAGCUCAAGAAAAUGGCUCUUAGAGUUAUUGCCGAGAAUCUACCUGAAGAAGAAAUUUAUGGGUUGAAAAAAUUGUUUAAGACGAUAGACACGGACAAUAGUGGUCAAAUUACUUUCGAAAAACUCAAAGUUGGACUGAAAAUGUUUGGUGCCAAUCUCAGUGAAUCCGAAAUUUUCGAUCUAAUGCAAGCUGCAGAUGUUAAUAAUAGUGGCACAAUUGACUAUAGAGAAUUUAUAGCUGCAACAUUACAUUUAAACAAAGUUGGAAGGGAAGAUCAUUUAGUUGCAGCUUUCUCAUACUUUGAUAAAGAUGGAAGUGGCUACAUCACUCAAGAUGAACUUCAACAAGCUUGUAAAGAAUUUGGCAUUGAGGAUGUCCACUUGGAGGAAAUGAUCAGAGAAGCUGAUCAGAAUAAUGAUGGCCAAAUAGACUACAAUGAAUUUGUGGCUAUGAUGCAAAGAGGCAAUGCAGAUUUAGGUAAUAGUGUUCUAAAGUGUAGCACUAGCUUUAACAUUGGAUUAAGGAAGACCGAGGCAUUAUCAGUAUGUUAACAAAACGUGUAUGAGUUUUUCUUCUCUUCAAAAAAGCUUAGUCAAUAGCUAUUAUUAUGUAAAAAAAAAUUUUUUUGACAAAUAUUAUGUAAAAAAGUUGAUAGGUAAAUUAUUAGGAAACAUUAGCUUGUUAAUUGUCUUUUGAAUAUCAACUUGGUGACAUCUAAAUUUAAGCCACACAAGAUUUACUUUAGGAGAAAUUGGUGCAUCUUUUUCAAGUAGGACAGUUCAUCUUAACAAAGUUAACAUGAUCUUAUGAAAGAGUGACUUGACUUGACUA